CUCACCGGCUCUCGCACUCGUACUCUGCGCUCAAAUGGAGCGUCGCGCGGCCGCUCUUCCGCUGCUACUGGCGCUGCUAUCUUCAUACGUUUGGACCGGCGGCGGCCGUGGCACCAGCCCGAUUCCGCCGCCCGCCGCCUCCCAGUUGUCCCCCGUUGCCUCCCUGGCCGCGGCAGUUGCGGGCGGGUCCACCCUCGACCCCCGCCAGCUCGCGGCUCUUCAGUCCUUGGGCUUCCCCAUCUCCGUCGACCCCUGCGCUGCCCCCUCUCCACUCGGUAACGCCACUGCAUGCGACGACGACGCGCCAUUCCGCCACCUCGUCUCCCUCCGCCUCGCCAACUGCUCCCCAGACCUCGACAUCCCCUCCACCGCCCUGCGCGCCCUCUCCACCCUCCGCUCCCUCGCCUUCUUCCACUGCCCGAUCGCUGCCCCGAGGCGCCUUCCGCCCUCCCUCCUCGCUUCCCUCCGCCUUUUCUCCUGCGUCGCCUCCCUCUCCCACCUCACUGGCCUGUGGCUCUCCCGCCUCGAGAACCUCACCGAACUCUCCGUCGUCGGCGUCCCCGUCUCCUCCAGACGCGGAGCCUCCGUGAUCCUCUCCAAAAUGCUCGAUCUUCGCUCCGCCACAAUCUCCUCCGCCAACCUCUCCGGCGUCCUUCCCCGCUCUUGGCACGCCCUCGACCUCGUUCACCUCGACCUCUCCGCCAACCGCCUCAGCGGCCCGGUCCCGAGCUCCGUCUCCGUGCUUGGCUACCUCGAAAUCCUAAACCUCAGCUCCAACGCGCUCACCGGAACCCUACCCAACACCGUCGGCAACCUCGCAGAGCUAAAAAUCGCAACUUUAGCAUACAAUUCGCUUUUCGGCCCCAUACCCGAUUCAAUGUCGCAGCUCUCGGCGCUUGUCCACCUCGAUCUCAGCUCGAAUCACUUCAACGGAAGCGUCCCAAGUUUCCUAUCCGAGAUGAAAGCCCUUGAGUUCUUAAAUUUAGAGAAUAACAACUUCCAAGGAGUCCUUCCCUUCAACGCCUCCUUCCUGCGGAGGCUCAAGGUCUUCAAGGUGGGCGGCAACAGCAACCUCUGCUACAACCACACUCUGCUAUCCUCCAAGCUAAACCUGGGGAUUGCCCCUUGCGACAAGUACGGGCUACCGGUGUCGCCGCCGGUGGACCGCUCAGACUCGUCGGAUUACUCCGACGACGACAAUGACGAGGACAGCGGAGACAAAGGCGGCGGCGGUGCCGGAACCCACCACACGCCAAGUAAGCUGGUACUGGGAGUGGCCAUCGGCCUCUCCUGCUUUGUGUUCUUGGCCAUCUUCCUUGUUUGCCUCUCCAAGGCUUGUGGCUGAAGCAGAAGGCUUACUACUGAUUCAAUUUCAAUAUCUUGAACAAAAUUCCUGCUUUGUCUGUUUAAUUCUCUUCGAUCCGAGGGCAAUCAUCAAUGUGAAAAAUAUUCUUAGCACUCUACUCCUAGAAAAUGAGAAAAAAAGAGAGCAAAUUUUUAUUAGUAGACAGACUUGUAGAUUGAACAGAUCAAACUCUUGGAUAUAGAAAACUGGAAUUUUUUAAAAUCAGCUAGAAUCAUAUCGAGAGUUACUUGAGUUAAUAAGUCGGCAGAGCUUUAAAGGUCUGUACUCCUCAUUUUUUUUAUUUCUGAUCUCUUACAGACAUUGGUGGCAUCAUUUUUUUUUUCUGAACUGGUUCUUUUGUAUUUUACUGCCACAUUGGGUACUUGCUGCUUCGCCGUUGUGUACUAUAUCUAUUUCCUUGUUGCUGUAUUUAUAUUGUGCUCAUGUUAUGAUUCUUUCUUGCCUUUUCUACA